AUGGAAAUGUUCAGAGAAGGAGGAUCAACUUCCAGACCUCCCAUGCUAGAGGGGUCUAACUAUCCCUACUGGAAAACAAAGAUGAGGGCUUUCUUGAAAGCAGUGGAUGAAAGGGUCUGGAUGGCUGUUGCUGAAGGUUGGUCACCCCCUACUGUUGUUGACGAGGAAGGAGAUAAGGUCAAGAAAUCAAGUGAAUGGACUACUGAUGAGAUGGAACGAUCAAAUUUCAACUCCAAAGCUUUGCAUGCUCUAUUCAAUGCUAUCUCCACCAAUCAAUUAAAAGUGAUCUCGAAUUGUGAAGUUGCUAAAGAUGCUUGGGAAAAGUUGAAAAUCAAGAAUGAGGGAACUGAUGCUGUUAAAAAGGCUCGUCUUCGGUCGUUAGCUAAAUCCUUUGAGAAUCUGUCAAUGGAGGAAGAUGAAUCCGUCUCAGAAUUUCAUGCUAAGCUGUGCGACAUCUCGAAUGAAUCGUAUGCUCUUGGUAAGACUUACUCUAACAAGAAACUUGUGAGGAAGCUUCUUGGUGUUCUUCCAAAGAGAUUCAUGUCCAAAGUGACUUCGAUCGAAGAAAGUAGAGAUAUUGAAGCUCUUGAUCUAGAUGAAUUGAUUGGGUCUCUCCAAAAUUAUGAGUUAACUCUUGAAAGAUGGGAAAAAGGAAAGAAACUCAAGAGCUCUGAGAAAGAGAAAACCGAGAUGGGUGUUGCUUUCAUUCAUAAGGAAGAGAUCUCUAAAGAUAUUGAUUUGUCCGAGUCCUUUUCAGACACUAAUCUGGCCCUUCUUGCAAAGAAUUAUGCUCGUUUCCUAAAAAAGAACUUCAAGAGAUCUAAUCCAGGCAAUAAAGAGAACUUUUCGGGGAGGAAUUCCACUGGUCCUAACAGACAGUCUCAACAAAAUGAAAAGAAAGGGAAGGGAAUACAAUGUCACGAAUGUUCGGGUUUUGGCCACAUUCAGGCAGAAUGUGCUAAUACUCUUAAGAAAAAGAAGGCCUUGGCUGUUACCUGGAGUGACAGUGAAGAAGAAGAGACUAGUGAUGAAUCCAAGGAGGAUAAGUCAGUGAUGACUUUUAUGGCUAGGGAGUCUGUCCCUGAAGAUUCUGAGGGUGAGGAACUUAAUUCAGAUACUGAAUCCACUACUGAUGAAAAGAAUAAGGCCUAUGAGGAGAUGUUUGCACAAUGGACCUAUAUGGCUAGGAGAGUGAAGGAAUUACAGGAUUUGAACAAAACUCUUGAUGACAGCAAAUGUGAACUUGAAGAUAAAUUGAAGAAACUCACGUUGGAGUUGUGCUCUAAAGAUAGUGAGAUAUACAAGUUAACUACAGAACUUGUGAGAGCCAAGCAAUCCCUUUCCCAUGUGCCCUCGGGUACUGCUGCCUUGAAUCAAGCUCUUCAAAAUCAGAAACCUUAUGGAGACAGAACCUCUAUAAGAUACAAACUGCUAUACAAUCAAGGCCAUGACCUGUCUAUUGAUGAUAACUCUGCCCCGUCCUCUAGUGACAAAAUAAAGUUUGUAUCUGCAUCAUCAACUGCCAAGAAUGAUCAACCUGAGAAAGAAUCAGAUGAACCUAAGACUCAUCUCACUAAAAGAGGUCCAGUCCGUGAAAAGUUAGGUGUCAAGCAAGCUGAUCGAUUUGUCCCAAUAUGUCACUUCUGUAAUAAAAAGGGUCAUAUCAGGCCAAGAUGCUAA